AUGAUGGAGGCACGUUCUCUGACUGCCCUCAAUAAUCUUGCAGGCAAUCCGCCUCAAUAUCCCAUCAACCCAGCUCAAGAGAGACAAGAUCCUGUCACUCUCUACAUCUCACGAGUUCCUGGUACUCGAGAUGUUAUCCUCUCCCCUUUCAAGCCGCAACUAAAAAUCGUCACCGCCGAAGACGUCGCGAACUGCCUUUACUACGUCCACUAUGAAGUCCCCUCACUAGAACCGACUGGAGGUGCGCUAGGUUACCCAGAUGAGGACCGUCGAUCUUCCAGCGAUGAGAGCUCUUCUAUAAGAAACAUCAAGAGGAAGCCUGUGCCUGGUGGCGCAAGACCAUUGACGCCUCCAACCGACCACCUUCCCGUCCCAGACCAAGAUCCCACACGAAAGCGCGGCCUAUCAGUCAACUCGACCUUUGAUCCUCGACAACAAAGCUCCACACGAUAUGAUCACGAACAGGAUGAGCAAAGCCCUGUGCUUCCUCCUCGACCAACAAACGUUCCAAGAAUACAAACACCAGAACCUUCAAUCUCCCGGGGUUCAGGUUCCGUAACUCGAAAGCCAGUUGGACCCCGGACAUCAUCGAGUUCCGCCCCUGGAUCAGAGAAUCAGCAUCCUCUUCCCCAGCUACCUGGUCCGUACCCAGCAGCCGCAGACUUGGAGCGAAUGCUUGGGACAAACCGAACCCCACCAAACCGAAACAACCAUAACCGUUCUCCGUCACCGAAAAAGCACUACGAGGGAAAGCAGCCUUUCAAGCUAGCACUUAUACGCCGUGACCCAAGCACAGGAAACCAGUGGAACGUCGGGCACAUCUCAUCCUUCCAGACAGAGGCACCACCACCCGACCAAGACGAUGCGAACCCACUCUUCGCCUCUGUGCCACCCGUUGCGCAAUCGCCAAACGCCGGAAAUCCCCCCAUCAACGUCCAGAUCGAGACGCUCGGGUAUGGCAAGUUCCGUGGCAUGCCUGCCCGACGAAGUUUCGAUGCUGGGCCUGGCAUGGAUAUGACUCAACCAAAGGACGGUGGUGUCGUUCUGUCAAGACAGAUUGCUAUGGGCUAUGCGAAGAGUUGGACUACCAAUUGGCGUGAGAUGCUACAGGACGGCGGACGGCACGGGCGUCAAAGCAGUGUUGGCUCGGUCGAUUCUGUGGAAGCGUCAUCGCCCGUCGAACCUGCGAUAUCUAUGCAACCGGGACCUGGAAUGAGACCGCGUGGAUACAUCUUUACAAGUCCCUGGAAUGGCAGAUGCGAAUUCCGCACUGGAGCUGCUGGGCGCAGUUUGCGGUGCUACCACAUCCUACACGACGACAGGUCAAACAACCCCCUAGCUGAGCUCAACCAAGGCCCAGUGCAAGGCGGUGGUGGCGGCAUGGUCAUGAGCGAACUCCGGUUCAAUCUUCCAACUUCAGAGCUCUUCAAAUCACCGGAAGGUCGAGAGGAAGUUAAGACCCAACUGCAGGGACACUUCAACAAGCUUCUCGGCCGCGAAGACCGAAACGAUGCCUACGACGACGGCAUGGUCUCGCCCUUCGAUAUCAACCUGGGCAAAGAGAAAGCCGGCGGUGGAAAUCGCGGGAAGAGAGCCAAGCUAGGCAAGCUCAUUAUCUAUCCGGACGGUUUGAAGAUGUUGGAUCUGUUGGUAUCUGCCAACAUGGGACUUUGGUGGCAGGCGUGGGAGAAGAGCUUUUAA